UUGUCUACAGGCAUGUGACUUAUAACUGUUUGCAAAGAAGUGACGUAAUUAUUGCCUUGUUGCCAGCUGUAGACCAAUACACACAACGUUGUGUGUGGUUUGUGCCUCUGACUUGUGCAGUGACCAAGUACGCAGGGGAUUUGUUUGAGAACAUCAUGCAGAAUGGUGUAUUCAUUUUCAAAGAUACGAUCACUGACGUUUUGAAGACGAGGAAAUACAUAAGAAACAAGGCCACAAUGAAGUUGCUGAUGGUGAUCCUGGUGCAUGGUGGCUUGACGUCUUCGUUACCAACAACACCUGUGAAGUACACACUUUACGCCGGUUACAAAACCUGGAACGAGGUUUACGCAAUAUGUCAAGGUCAAGGUCAAAACAUGCUCACACUGAAUACAUUAACGAAAUAUAACAACUUUCAGGAAAUCAACGCUGAUUGGAAAAAUAAUUCACAAAUGACAAGAGACUACUGGACUGGACUUCAUCAACCUGAACCGAACAACGCCAACGUAUCAAACCUAAGAUGGUCCACGGACUGUGAGCCUCUUGGAUGGGUCAUCUGGGGUGGUAACAAUGAACCCGAUCAUCUAGCCGAUCACCGAUGUAUGCGACUACGCGAUGAAGGGCCCACUGGGUUCAUGACCAGGGAAUGCAGCGCCCGAUACCAGAUUGUCUGCGAGGAAUACACAGGUGUUUGCUCUUUUGAAAUUAUUAAGUUAAUGAAGACGUCCGGACUGACCUUCCUUUGGGAGGCGGCUGGGAUGACAAUACAAGAAUGCAUGGAUGCUUGCAGAAAUUAUUCGUCAGGGUCCGAGGAAUGUGUGGCUUUCCAUCAACUAGCCUCAUCUGGCGGGACACCCUUCUGUCAAUUUUAUGGUCGGGAGUCGGUUUUCGUUAAAAGUAAUCCGUCCCUAGUAGCUGACAGUGAAGCAAAAACAUACGUCAAAAGAUGCAUCGAAGGUGUGUAUGCCCCGAAGGCCCCGAAAGUUGCAGCCAAUGAUGACAUGGCACCGGUAGUUGUCUGCAACUCAAGCGUUGAUGAAACAUCAUCUGUUUUUCAUUCAGUUUCUACUCAAACACAACUACUUUCAAUUUCGCCAACGCCUACGCCAGUGGGUCCUUCUUCGCUUCUGACAACGUCCUUGCAAGAGUUGACAUCGCCAUUGGUGCCCAGUGUCCAUGUAACAGUCGACCCUUCGUUUCAGUCAACGUACGCGUCCAUGCAAAAGUUGACCUCACCAUUGGUGCCAAGCGUCGACAAAGCAUUCGAAUCUUCAUUUCAGUCAAUGUCCAUGCAAGAGAUGACAUCGCCGUUGAUUCCAAGAGUCCAUGUAACAGUCGACCCUUCGUUUCAGUCAACGUACGCGUCCGAGCAAGACAUGACCUCACAGUUGAUGCCAAGCGUCCACGAAACAUUCACUGUGUCGGUUUUCGAUGCAUCACCGGUUCUCGAUGCGUCGCCAAGUGUAUCCGACUGGGAAGGGUCCGUUCAGUCGAUGGGGUCAGAUUCCAAUUCCAAAUCUUCUCUGUACACCAAAGCUCCUAAUCCCCAUAAAGAUCCGACUUCAUUGGAAUCAAAGACGUCCAGUGACGAACAUCCGUUGCCUUCAAGUAUUCCCGAUGGAAAAAAUGUAACUCUGUCAACACUGAAGUUGAAAGAUGCUUCUUUGGCUCCAUCCGAAUCAAGUGUAUAUGAGGUUACCCUCUGCACCUGCAGCUGCAAGGACGACGACAACACUGACCUUGACGAAUUGGACCUUGCAGUGGACAGAAAGAAGAUGUCUGCCUACAGGAGGUCCAAGACUUCGGCUGUAGAUGACCGCCCAUCUGCCAAGGCUAUUGGUAGUACAGGAACCGCCAUCUUAGUGUCCGUGUUCGUGUUCAUCGCGUGUAUGGACUUAGACAGGGCUGUGAAGUUCAUACAACAUAUCUUUAAAAAGCGGAGCACUGGACAGGUCUGAUUUUCUUGAGGACAUGGUUACCAUUUUAGAUCUAGUUCCAGCCAUGUUAAAUGGUUUGUUUG